CAAGACUCGAGCCGUCUGCGAGACACAGCGGCCAGUGCGGCACUGCGGCUGGCUGAAGCGCGGCGGGCAAGGAAGGAAGGAAGAAGACGACUUCGGCCUGAUAAACAGUGUCAAAGGGGAACUAGCUGUCUCGGUUGUCCUGCGCUUGUUUACCACACACACACACUCAGUGAAGGCGACAUCCUUCCGGCAUUUUUUGGUGAAGGCUUGCAAAAGGGUCCUGGAGGACACCUGUUAUCAGGACAAUGGGACUCCCCGCGGUGUCGUCCACCUUCAGGCUGUUAACCCUCGCCCUGUUCCUGGUGCUGCCUCUGUUUGGGACGUCGCACCCCGUCCAGACCAAAGAGCGGCCCAGCCUGGUGUUUAUGGAGCAGUUUAGCCGGCAAGCGGUCGGAUUGAACUGGAAAAACAUCACAUGUCCCGUGUGCAAAGCAGUUUUCGCCAUCCUUGAUAUCGCCCUGCUGAGUGAUGCAAAUGAAGAGCGAGUAGCCUAUAUGGUAGGGGAGGCAUGCAUCCGUCUCCAUCUGGCUGAUGAGCGAGUAUGUCGGGAGAUAACGGAGCUGUUCAGGUCUGACUUCAUCCGAGCCCUCCAGGAGUCGCUGCUGUGGCCCUCUGAAGCAUGCGCUGUGUUGGUGGGCUCCUCCUGUGGAAAAUUUGACAUCUACGCUCCCUGGAACAUCACCUUGCCCAAGGUCCCUAAGCCCCCAGUCACUCCUCCUUCUCCACCCAAACCUGGCAUGCCACAGAGCCGGGUCUUGUUUCUCACAGACGUCCACUGGGAUCAGGAGUACACAGUGGGCAGCAGCGCAGAUUGUAAGGACCCUCUUUGUUGUCGUAAUGACUCAGGCUCUCCCAUCUGGCGGCGGAGGGAGGCUGGCUACUGGGGAACCUACAGUAAGUGUGACCUGCCACUGUGGACCGUGGAAAACCUCCUUGAGCAUGCUGCCAGAUCUGGACCAUGGGACUGGGUCUACUGGACUGGAGACAUACCAGCGCACAAUGUUUGGUCUCAAACAAGGAAACAACAGCUGUCUGAGCUUACAGUCAUCUCCAGGCUCAUCCACAAGCAUCUGGGACCUAAUGUGACGGUGUACCCUGCUGUAGGGAACCAUGAGAGUACACCUGUGAAUAGCUUCCCUCCACCCUUUGUUCGCGGUAACAGGUCCUCAGCCUGGCUCUAUAAUACUAUGGCAAAGGAAUGGGCGCCAUGGUUACCGGAGCAAGCCCUGAACACUCUGAGAUAUGGAGGAUUUUACACUGUGGAGAUUCAGCCUGGCUUGAGAGUGGUCUCUCUCAACAUGAACUUUUGUGCUCGAGAAAACUUCUGGCUGAUGGUGAACUCUACUGAUCCUGCCAACCAGCUACAGUGGCUGGUUCACAUUCUCCAGGCCAGUGAGGACAAGGGGGAGAAGGUACACAUCAUUGGUCACAUCCCACCUGGCCUAUGUCUUGGCAGCUGGAGCUGGAACUACUAUCACAUUGUCAACAGAUAUGAAAGCACUAUUACUGGACAGUUUUUUGGCCACACACACUUGGAUGAGUUCCAGGUGUUUUACGAUGAGGCGACAAUGACCCGCCCACUGGGAGUUGCCUUCAUUGCUCCCAGUGUCACCACCUACAUCAACCUCAACCCAGGCUACCGCGUGUACUUGGUUGAUGGGGAUUAUCGGGGCAGCUCUCGGCUGGUGCUUGAUCACGAAACCUACAUCCUUAACCUCACCGAGGCCAACCACAGUCCAGAGGCUCGGGGUCAUCCAGAACCAAAUCCUAAGUGGACCCUUCUGUACCGCGCCACUGAGGCCUACGGUGUGUCCAGUGUGUUCCCCUCCGACUGGGAUGGGCUGAUCCGUACCUUCCUUAGUGAUGACCGGGUCUUCCAGAAGUUCUGGUACUUGAGACAUAAAGGACACGUGUCGGAGCCCUGCAAAGAGACCUGCAAAACCUCUUUGUUGUGCUUCUUGCGCAGUGGGCGCUACAGUGAGUUGGAGCAGUGUGACCUCCUCAAUGGUUUUGAUGGAAACUUGGCCAGAGCUGCCAGGAAGACCCUCUGUUGAUCUAAUUUCCUUAAGACUGAAUGUGACCAAACAUCAUCUGAAAAUCAUCCAAAAAUUGUGAAAAUGUUGAACAGCUGUCAUGUUACUUUUUAGGGAGGGAUGGGAGCCUUUUGUCUUGUCCGGUCAGGGUACUAGCUGGAUUUUCAGUUCAACAAGAAUUGUAUUAUAACAUGAAUCCACCUCAGGGCCCUUACUCCAAGAGAAAGGUUAUGUGGAUUUCUUAAACCUUACAUUGAGGUCAAAUUCAAAGUGUUGUAGUACAGUGACUUCUCUUAUCACUGAUAAAAGAAAUCAACCACAUCUUUGGAAAAAACAUUACUGAUUAAAGAAGUUUGCUGUGUUGUGUGUAGCAAUAAGACAUGGAUUUGUCAACUGCUGUUUUGAAAUAGCCGUUAUGUGUCAAAACUAUUGACCUGAUUUGCCUGAAAUGCGUCCUCUGGUAACUUGAGAUACGCAGAAGGGCAGGAGUUAGAAGGUAGAACUGAUUGAGAAUUGUCCGUGAGCUGGGCAGCAGAAUGAUGUGUAGAGGCAGUUCUACCAUACUGGAGGCAUUUUAUUGUUAAAAAAAAAUCCCAUGUGUCUGUAAGACUCCUGGAAACAUUUUUAAAGCAUACAUUUUUCCUCCUACGCAUAAAGUGCAUCAGCUUCAUGUUGGUAUUUCUCUAAAUCUCCAGGGAAUGACUCAAUUUAUGUAAAUAUCACAUUAAGACCUGCUCAAAGACCUGUAUAGCUUAAUCUUAGUAUUACUACUCUACAGUCAGCGAGGAUAGCUGGGGAUCCAAUUUUGAGAUUUUCUUUAUUCCUUUUUCAUGAAUAACAUAAGAGUAGGUAGUGAUCAGAACGAUAGGCCUCUGUAAAUCCUAAAGAGUUACUGUAAAGCAUUUUGGUCUUGGAUUAGAAUGACAAUAUCUUCAUCUGCCAUCUUUGUGGACAAUUGUGACAUGAAUCGAAUUUGGAUGAAAAACGGUGGCCUUAUUGAUUUGACCCCCCCCUUUAUUUAUUUUUUUUUUUUUUAAAUAUAUAUAGAUUUGUCCUUGACCAUUCCCACAAUGGAGUAUGAGAACUUGUAGUAUUUGCUGCACUGUUUCUUUGCAGUUGAAACAGAUUAGCAGAUGUUGUGUUUGAGACACUUUGCACUUUGCUGUAGAAGAUAGUAUCAUUGAUGUGGUCAUUUAUCACUUGUGGACAUCAUGAUUUUGUGUGUUUGUGUGUGCUCAGUUAUGAGCUUUGCUUGAUUGCCUCGCAGGAAGAAUUUUGAUUGUAGUUUUGCGUAUCUUGACUCAGUGCAUGACAUACGUCCCCCUAGCACCACUGUGGGGAUUUACCAGUUUGUGAAGCAACUAACUUGUAUAGCACCGUCUGCCUCAGCCAAAGAAGUGCUCAGACCUAAAUGAGGAAAAAUCUUUCACGUCAAGGUUUACUUCUUUCUUUGUCUGCACUUUAAUUCCUGUUACAUGGUUAAUUUAGAGGAAUAGAAUGAGUUUGACAAGCAUGAGUGGAAGCUGUGACAUUUUGAUCUCAGAUCUUGGUCUAUAGUGUGUGUGUGUGUGUGUGUGUGUGUGUGUGUGUGUGUGUGUGUGAUGUUUAAAAAAAAAAAAAAAACGUGAAAGCAAUGCACACU